AUGAGCACCCGGAAAGCAGUUCGGCUUCUUUUUCAGGAAUGCACAGACGCCCGAAGUUCUGACGUUGAUGAUCACGAACAGCGACAGCAACGUUAUGAUCAAAGUGGUGAGCAAGAAACUGAACGCGCUUCACAGCUUUCCUCCAGUUACUUGCGCCACAAAUGACGCAUAUGCAAUGGCCUGGUCUAGUAAGGUCCUCUUUCAAAUAAGCGUAGCGUUUAAGUAGAAGCUGAAAGGUCUUGGAGGAGAUCAUCUCUCGUCGACGUGGAAGAGGUCAUCUCUCCACUGAAGUCGUCCACCUUCAGUGCGUGUUUCAGUAGGAAUACUCGAAGUGAUAGCCCACUUUUACUAAGCAGGCACUCUUCUAAUUUAUCCCUGGCAAAGGACGCGAAGCCAUGAAGAAAUGCGACCACGCGCUUCCAGAAUAAGGCAGCAUAAAACUUUUCUAUCACAUUUUCCUCUCCCAUCUCCCUGAACUACCUUGAGUAUAAGAGUAUGGACUUGAUGACUUCUGCUCUACCGGAUGCUCCGAAUGUUUCAGGCCAUUCAGACGUAGAUAAACUACCUACGAUAUUGUGAAGUUGUCUGAACACAUGCACCUCGGCAGUCACAUUUUGACACAUAGUAGUGCGCAAAACAAAUUCAUCAAGAGAAAGAUUACCACUUAUAUAUAAGAGUCCAGUCGGGCGUUUUAAUUUAGUAUGAAGAUGAAGUAGCGUUCGUAUCACCAUGAGCAUGAAGCUUCAUCUUCAACACCAUCAGUAAACACUCAGCCUUGGUUUGUCAUAUUUUUCAUUUUCUAUUUUUCAGUUAAAGCUUUUUUUUUGAGAAAUCGUUCAUGCCAAUCAAAGUAAACCAGCUUCCUCGCAAAUGGAUGGGAGUGGGACACAAGACCAAACAGCUAAGUCGCAACCGGAAGCAUGGCAAGCCUCUCUUAUGGCUUAUUGUUAAACCAUGAGUAACUAAGCGUUUUAGAACUUCCACUGAUAUCCCAUAUAUGGACACAGGCACACAGAUAUUACUGCUACUUUUGAACUUGAACUAGAAGUGGUAGCGCCCCCUCCUCUAUGGAUAUUUAUAGUCACUCUGCUGAUCUCCCUUUGCUUUUUUUGCUGGGAGCGAAGGAAGGCGAGCGAUAUUCAUAUUUCUUAUAUUUAGAAAUUUGCAUGUAGUUGUAGAUCCACUCUUCUAUUUCUUGGCCCUUGUCUGAUGCUUACCAGUUAUUAGCUAAAAAUACCUUCUUAUUUUCAUUCUUAUUCUUUGUAGUUCCUACUAACUCCUGGAAGUCCUAGUACUUUUUAGUUAAAUGCUCUAAGAUGUCGACGGAAAAAGGCGAGCCGUCCGAAAAAGCGGGCCGCAGACGUGAGAAAUCCCUCGAGGAAUUGCGAAGAGAGAAAAAGGCACAAAUAGACCAAAUUCGGGCCAGCCACUCCAUAACACUCGCAUUAGUUCCAACGAGGGCGAACGAAAAUGGGGCAGAUGAUAUUAAGGCAGCUAAAAGCUUUUCUGAUUCUGUUUUUCUUGUCAAAAAAUAUAUUUACCGCCCACGUGCCCCCGGCGUGCGGAAGGGUCUGGCAAAUGCUACGAGUUACAUAAAAUCCAUACGGCCUACCGGCGUGCUACGAAUUACGUAAAGAGUGGCGGGCUAUGGAAUAAGCAAAGCAGCUCCGCGCUACAAGCUACUACGUGCUACAUAAACCCCCACCCUGGCAGCACCCGAAACGCCCAAAAGGGACUCCUUCGAACGAAUGAGGCAAACGGGUAACCAAAUACAUACGCCGAGAGUCAAAUCCUUGAGCAGAUCACUCCAGGCCUGCUGUUUUCGGUUCUCAGCGUAGUGGCUGGGCGAAGCACUGCAGUCGACUCCGCUCACCGUGAGAACCUCGCGCGCCCCCUGGCCCGGGUUUUGGGCGUGGGUCCCCUACUCUUGGAGCGUGUUGCGUCUCCGGCUGGCAUGGCAGUGCCACGAGGGGGGCCCCAGGCUUGUCGCUUUCGGUUCUCAGCAUAGUGGGCGAAGCACUACGCCCGACUCCGCUCACCAUGAGAACGUCUACCGUGGGUCUUUUCCGUGGAGAGAACUAGGGGGCGGCUCCGUUCUACUCUCGGCUUGUUUGCGGGGUUUUACUCUUUGCGCCGUUUUGGGUUUUCCAUCCAAAUCGCGCAGCUUUAUGGUGUCGCGCUGCUGCCUGCGUUUCAGCUGCUUCGCGUGUGCUCUCUGUGAGCCAUUUACCCUCCCAAGCUUACGGCGAGUUGCGCUCUCUCGCUUAGCUUCCCUAUCUGCUUCUGGCUUUCUCGAGAGGUGUGGGCAUGCGUCAUCUCAAGGCUUUGAUCUAAGUGAACAAGAACAACGCCACGCGAGCAGUGCUGUGCGGCUUUCAUGUGCUUGGGCGAUGCAAUCUGUGAGCCGCUUGAGCUUUCUGAUCAGAAAGCAGGCCCAAGCCUAUGGGCUUGCUAGAAGCUUAUGGCUUACUCGAGAGGCCUUGCCCUUUGCGCCCAUUCUUUUCUGAUCCAAAAAGCGCAGCGCGAUGAAGUUGCUGCGUACUUGUGAGCUGCUUAAGAGGUCCCACCCUUUGGCUCAGUUCAAGUAGACCCUCAUCCAAACGGCGCAACGCUGUGAAGCUGCUGGCCCUUUUGACUUGCUGGGAAGGUCUCACCCUCUGACCCAGCGCAGGCACCCUACCCAAAAGGCGCAGCCUUAUGAAGUUGCUGCCUACUUUUGAGUGACCUGCUUGAGUUGAAAGGCCUCGGCUUUUGACUCUGCUCAAACCUCCCACCCAAAAAGCGCAGCUGUAUGCUAUUGCCCUCUACUUUUGACCUGCUUGAAAGGUCCCAGCUUUUCAGUCAGCUCACUCAGAGGUCUUCCACAAUCAAAGGGCGCAGCUCUAUGAAAUUGCUGCCCACUUUUGACCUGCUGGAAAGGUCUCGCUCUUUGGCCCAGAUCUGGCCAGCUUGGUUAUUCAAAGCGCGCAGCUUUAUGGAAUUGCUGCCCACUUUUGACCUGCUUGAAAGGUCCCACCUUUUGACCAAGCUCGGGCAUCCUAUCCAAAAAGCGCAACGCCAUGGGGCUGCUGUCUGCUUUUGGCUUGGCUUGCUUGAGAGGUCCCGCCUUUUGCCUUUCUUUGCUCGAGCUCCUUGCUCAAAAGGCGCAAUCUACUUCAUGAAGCUGCUGCCUACUUUUGGCCUGCUCGUAAGGUCCCACGCUUUCACUCAGUCAAGUCAGGCGCCUUACUCAAAGAGCGCAACUCUAGGAAAUUGCUGCCCACUUUUGACCUGCUUGAAAGGUCCCACCUUUUGACCCAGCUCAGGCCACUCAGGCAUCCUAUCCGAAGCGCGCAGCUUUAUGCGCUUGCUGUCGUCUGCUUUUGGCCUGCUUGAAGGGUCCCACCUUUUCACUCUGCUCCAGCCUCCUAUGCAAAGCGCGUGGCUUUAUGCGUUUCGUGUCUAUUUUUGACCUGCUUGAAAGGUCCCACCCUUUGACCCAGCUCCCUCAGGCCCCUUAUCCAAAGAGCGCAACGCUAUGAAGUUGCUGCCUCCUUUUGAGCUGCUUGAAAGGUGUCGCCCUUUGACUUAGCUCAGACCUGUUAUCCAAAGAGCGCAACUCUAUACCGUUGCUGUCAGCUUUUGAGCUGCUUGAAAGGUCUCACCCUUUGACGCCGCUCAGGCUCCUUAUCCAAAAAGCACAACUUUAUGAGAUUGCUGUUUACUUUUGACCUGCUUGAAAGGUCUCACCCCUUGAGCCAGCUCAGACCUCACAACUUUAUGAGAUUGCUGUCUACUUUUGAUCUGCUUGAAAGGUCCCACCCUUUGAGCCCGCUCAGACUCCUUAUCCUAAAAGCGCAAACUUAUGGGAUUGCUGUCCACUUUCGAGGUGCUUAAAAGGUCCCGGCCUUUUAGUUUGAGCCAGCUCAGACUUCUUAUCCAAAAGGCGCAGCUUUAUGAAGUUGCUGUCUGCUUUUGACGUGCUUGAGCGGCCUGAUCCUUUGAGUCAGCUCGUAAUCCUUAUCCAAAGCGCGCAGCUUUAUGCAGUCGCUGUCUACUUUUGACCUGCUUGAAAGGUCUGACCCUUUGAGCCAGCUCAGGCGCCUGAUCCAAAAAGCACGCAGGUGCCCACUUGCUCAGCGUAUAGCUGCUGGGUGCUUGCCUCUGUUUGCGUUUCUUUGUUUGCAUGUGGGUCCUUUUUGUAGCACAUACGCAGACGCAGCGGAUUUCCAUUCUUCACGAGAUGACUGGCCCCAGGCUGAGGCGCUUCGCUCUUCGUUUUUUGUCCAUGCAGCGCAGUCCUUGGCUUGUGCUGUUGGUUCAGGGUUUUGAGGUACUGCCGAAAGCCUUAGCAGGAGCAGAAUCGCGGGAAAGUUGUACUCAAAAACGCGGCAAUUUUACGGCGCGAGAUGUAUACAUCUAGCCCGUACAUCUUUCCCAUGAUUUCCGUACAUCUCAAAAAAGUGGAAUUUUGGAAACCUACUAUGAACCGCCCCGGUGUCUGUAAGUACAUCUCAAGAGUACAUCUCUCCCGUGAUUUACGUAUAGGAUAUAUAUCUCGAGAUAUUUAUCUCAGACGUAUACGUCUCACCCGUACACCUUUGCCAUGAUUUGCGUACAUCUCAAGCCGUAAACUCACUCCUGUUUAGCAUUCGAAAUUAAAUAAGUUUUGGUUUAUAAUAUAGAUAAUUAUAGUAUAUGGAUUUAGAUAUACAGACUUUCGUCAAAAUUGUUAAGCUGAAUAAGGUUGACACUCAAGCUCAUUAAGAACUACAUUAACUCUGUAGUUCUCUUGCGUUCGUACGUUUGGCGAAAAACGCUGUCGAAGAUAGUACGAUCAGAAGUAGUUUUUGUGGCGUGCGAUUUCGAUUAUGUGUAGCAUCAACGAGAAAGUGAGAAUACUAGACUACUCACUUCGAAAACGACCCUAGUGCUAGACCUUGUUUUAUCUAGGAAGAACCACGCGCCACUACCUCCCAGCGACGAAGCGGCACUUCGCUAGGUACGCCGCCCUAGCCCUACGACCUAGUUAAUUUCUACGGAGGGCAUGCUCUCCUUCUCCACAAAUAUCAUAACUAACAGCACUUCAUCGACGAAUAGAAAAUAUAACUCCACCACAACAGCAGGAACAGUUAUUGCCAGUAUCUUUCUUGAGCAAGAAACAUUUGAUGGUCACUCACCGCGCUUUUUCUGUUUUGAAGGAAAUCCUUGUCCUUCGGACUUCCUCUCUAACAAGUGCAGGGAUCAGCAGACAGAGUAUCAUCUUAUCGUUCGAGAGCCAGCAGAAGGCACAAAUAUGAUCGUGGAAGAUCAUCCUGAAGGCCAGAAAGAUGAUUAUGGAUCUUCGUUUAAACAAAACUAUAUCUUCAGUACUAUUUCAAUUUCGUGCUCCUGUGAAUUCUAACUUGUUGCUUUUGCGGGAAUGAAGUAUAUUUAAAUAUGUAUGAUAUACAGCACACUAGGAAAUAAGAAAUGGUGUGCUGAGAUGAAAGUGGAGAUGACCACCUUUGAUGAUGAUGUCAGGCAUUCGUAUGAAGAUGUAAAGCUCUUGUUAUUGCAACACAACACGCAGUCGCUCAAUCAGUGACGAGUUAUUCAAUCCUCUACACAUGCGCCCCAACUGGUGCGUUGACUUUCAUGUAGAACACAUUGUAAUAUUAAUCGUAUUUGCGUUGGUAUUCAUCUUCUAUCCUUUUUACCGAGGUAGUCGUGCGUCCUGUUUCUUCUUUCUUUCCUUUUCAAAUGGGAGGAGCUGAAAGUAGUGAAAGAGUUUUUCGAGAUGGUAUGUAACACCUCUAAAAUAAAGCCUCGAGGUUCCGGACAUGGACUAAUUUCGUUGGCUUCCUUUUCUUACGGCUACCGCUGAAAUAUAAUUAGCGCCAAUUGCUCUUAAUAAGUUGGCAUCUUCAUGCUUUAAACCAAAAAUGCAACACAAACGGAGAAGGUUGCCACUAGUCUAGUGUUAAUAGAAAAUUAACCGAAAAAUGUAGUUUGACAUUCUUGACUUCUAAAUUGGAUCUAGAAGCAACUUGCCAAACUAAAUUCUCAACUGGAUCACUCUUGAGUAGAUUGCUCAACAUGGGUCGCUCUGAAACAAGUUUUCUUGCGAAGGAGUAGUGGCGGACUCAGACUCUAGUGAACGAGUACUCUUUCAUUUUCCACCAUUCAAAGGGAAAGGAAUUAUCUUCGACAUGACAUGCGUAAUAUAAAUAUAGCGCUUACAAAUUUAAAUUUACAUAGGCAAUCAUAAUGCGUAAGUGUAAGAGCGCGUGCUAUAGUAGUUUUACAAGAGGGCUGCAGGUGCAGAAAUAGAUGCAGAAGAAGUUGCAUAGAUGGCAGGCCACCUCUAUGUAUCAUCGUCAAAUGGGAAGAGAUUUCGAAAAAACAACACGUUUUAUCGUGUCUUUGCUCUAAUAUUCGGCAUUGAGACUCGCAAGCAAGAAACUCCACUUCGAGUUUUUGGUUAGGCGAAAGGAACACAUGCAAUCCUUUGCUCUAUCUUUUCGUUUAUCUUUUUAAAUCUUUACGUCUAUCUUUUUGGAAAAAGGCACUCUACCUCUUCCAAGUCCCUCAGAAAAAACGCGCCUACUUUUUUUGCCGCUGCCGGCAAAAAAGGAAGCGCCGGAAAAGUUCGCGGAAAGGAGUAGGAGGGGGUAAGCAGCAGGCAAACGCCGGGGGAAGUUCUUGAGUCGCCCCCCCGUCCCCUCUCCGUGUUGGUUUAAGGAACUCCAAAACAAAAACAGCAAGCAGGCGCCGAGCUGGGGGAUCGGGUCGCCGCCGUGUCUCCUCUCCGUGGUGGUUUAAGAAAUUCCCCAAACAGAGCAGGGAGCACGCGCGGCGCUGGGGGAUCGGGUCGCCGCUUUGUCUCCUCUUCGUGGUGGUUUAAGAAAUUCCCCAAACAGAGCAGGGAGCACGCGUGGCGCUGGGGAAUCGGGUCGCCGCUUUGUCCCCUCUUCGUGUUGGUUUAAAGAAUUCCGCAACAAUACACAGCAAGCGAGCGCCGCGCAGAGGCAUCGGGUCGCCGCCUUGUCUCUUCUCCAUGUUUGUUUAAGAAAUUCCGCAGCAGGGACAGCAGCUGGGCAACUGCCGCGCAGGGGUAUCGAGGCUGACUGGGUCGCCGCCUUGUCCCCUCUCAGCAGAGAUCGGGGCGCUUGGUUGUCUUGCCUCCGUCCUCUCCGUCUAGUCUGGUGGCGGAAGCAGUCUGAUUCCCCCCAUGGUGAUGCAGGCAGGGAGCACGCAAACGCCGGGCGGGGCCAUCGGGUGGCCGCCGUGGUUUUGCUAUUCGAUCCUCGAGUGUCUUUGUCUUGGGGUGGAUGCACUCGCGGCAGAUGCUACAGACUGGUGAAGAAACGCGUGGCAGGGUUGACAUCGAUCGACUCAUUGGGGCAGCCUUUGCCUCCUUUCUUUUGUGGUGGUUCUUCACUCGGGUGCGCGCUUGUGGGGUCGUUGGUUCGGGGGGACCGGUGUCUUGUCUUUGUGGAUCGAUGCUGGUCCACUCGCUCCCAGUCCCAUUGUGUGGGGGAGCGCUACUUAUUAGGGGAGGGCCCACUUCGACUUCGCUGCGCCUUGCUUUGUGUGGUGUCGCUUGAUCUUGGGGGCCCGGGUUGGCAUGGGCUGGGUGUGUGGCCUUUGUUUGCGUCUCUCCUUCGAUCUUGAUUCAUUGGGCCCCGCAGCCCGCUUCGCCCUCGUUUUGUUUAUCUUUUGAAAAGAUAGGGCGAAAAGAUAGAGGAAAAGAUAGAUGAAAAGAUAGAUGCCCAAAAUUGAAAAGAUAGAGUUGGUCUUAAGCAUGUGUUCUUUUUGGCUAAGUUUUUGGUAAAAGAUUCCCGUUGGGGGUGUCGUCUUUUAUCGAUUCAUCAAGUACUACACAAAUGGCUUCACGUAACACGACAAGAACGUCAGAGAGUGGAGCAGAACAACAAGUUCACCAGGAUGCUGAAGAAGAAAUCAUGGACAACGCAGCGACAGUCUCAAACAAGAACAGCUCCAGUAUUCUGCCUAGCGAGCUCUUUGACGAGGAAACCGGAACACCUGCCGCAGGUAUUUCGCCGUCGGCAGUGCUGGUUUUACGGAACGAGGCUAUAAUGCUGAAGUCUACAAGUGCUAACGAGACAAAGAUGGCAACCGCGAGUGGCAGUCAUGGAUCUGGAAUGGACAUCAUGGGCCAGACGGCACUAGACGAUGGAACUGGCGUCAUG